UGCGGGUUUUUGGGGUUGGCGCGGGCGGAGCGGGGUCGGUAACUAUUCUUUUAGGCCCUGCGAGAGGAGGAGAACACGCUACGACCGUUUAUACGAGCGGUGGGGCGCUAGGACACGUGCUGCCCGGAUGUAAAGCCGUAGGGCGAGCUCCUCGUUGUCAGUCUGAGGCGGCGCGUGGCUCCUGUAGGGAAGACUCUAGUGUAGGACCGGGGCCCUCAGUCUCUUUAGUGAGCGGCACGUGACUGUCUGUAGCUCUAAUAGAACUUUAAUACGAUUCACUUGUAUUGCCGCUUAAUUGUGAGGCGCGUCCUGCCCUGAGCCGCCUUAUUCCUCUAACUGCCAGCGCUUCCCCCGUGUGCAGCUUCCUGGGAUUUCUACUAACUGUCCCCCUUGUCAUUUAUUUCAACUCUUUUUGAGAUGCCUGGUGUCACAGUAAAAGACGUUAACCAGCAGGAGUUUGUCAGGGCCCUGGCUGCCUUCCUAAAAAAGUCUGGAAAGCUGAAGGUACCAGAAUGGGUCGAUACAGUCAAGUUGGCAAAACACAAAGAACUUGCACCAUAUGAUGAAAACUGGUUCUACACCCGCGCUGCUUCUACUGUUCGUCAUCUGUACCUCCGUGGUGGAGCUGGUGUUGGGUCCAUGACAAAGAUCUAUGGAGGAAGACAGAGUAAUGGAGUUAUGCCCAGUCACUUCAGCCGAGGCUCAAAGAGCGUGGCCAGGAAGGUGCUACAGGCUUUGGAGAGUCUUAAAAUGGUGGACAAAGACCCCAGUGGUGGUCGCAAACUCACUCCCCAAGGACAGAGAGACUUGGACAGAAUUGCUGGACAGGUUGCAGCAGCAAGCAAGAAACAACACUGAGAAUUCUGAUAAAUUCAAUAAACCAUCCUGUUCAUAAAACUUUA